UCCACAAAAAUACACUCGCUUCGGUUGUUCUGAUCAUACACAUCCCAAACCCUCACCCUCUCUCUCUCAUUCGCCAGCCCUGCAAUUCCUCAAACCCUAGAAAUCUCUCUCUGUCUGUCUCCGUGUAAUUUACGUCAUCUGCAAGUGUUCGAUUGCAGAAGCUAUUUUCGUUUCCUCUUUCUCUAUCCUCAUCUCGAGCACAAUUAGCUGCGCGCUCUCUUCUCCGACAUUUGCCUGGAAAUCUUCUGUAAUUCGAAUCGUUUUGGAUGCCGAUGGCCCACGGAAAAGUCAGUCUUCCUCAAGAUCUCCUCCCCGCGAACAUGGCCGAUGGACACUUCUCCACCAACGAUGAAGCCUUGGAAGGAAAUGGUGAGGGGAAGGCGCUAACAGGUUCCCUUGAUGAGUCAAUUGGUGGUUGUGCUCCUUUUCUAAAUCAAGUAGCAUCGGAGAGCAGCAUACCUUUGUCUCCACAAUGGCUGUACGCUAAACCAGUUGAUUCCAAGACACUAGUUACUGGAACGUCAGGAGAAAUGCAUGCACCUGGUUCUUUGCCUCAUGGAAACUCUGCUGAUCCCAAUUCGAGAGACACUUGGCGUUUAGAUGCAUCUCAGGACAAAAAAGAUUGGAGGAGGAAUGCACCUGAUUUAGAUAUUACCCGCCGCUGGCGUGAGGAGGAGAGGGAAACAGGCUUACUAGGUAGGAGGGAUCACAAGAAAGAGGAUCGCCGUGUAGGUGUCACUUCAACUAGGGAUACUAUUACUACUGAUGGUAGAGCAGAAGAUCGCCAUCUAGGUGCCACUUCAACUAAGGAUGUUACUGAAAAUAAAGUACUGUCUUCUGACCGCUGGCAUGAAUCCCGAAGAGAUAACAAAUGGUCAUCAAGGUGGGGCCCUGAAGAUAAAGACAAGGACUCUCGAAUAGAGAAAAAAACAGAUGUUGAGAAGGAAGAUAUUCAUGUUGACAAGCAGUCUCUUUCCAAUAGCAAUCGCACAGCUUCUGAACGUGAUAGUGAUUCUCGGGAUAAGUGGAGGCCACGCCAUCGCAUGGAGGUUCAAUCAGGUGGGGCAGCCCCAUAUCGUGCCGCACCAGGAUUUGGGAUGGCCAGAGGACAGGUGGAAAAAGUAGGAUUUACUGCUGGACGAGGGAGGUCAAACACUAACGGAACUCUGCAGAUUGGCAGACCUGUAUUAGGAAAAGCUAGUCCCUUUCUCAAUAUGUAUUGCUACCCCAGGGGCAAACUCCUUGACAUUUAUCGUAAGCAAAAGAUUGAUUUAACUUUUGAUUCCAUGCCUGAUGGGAUGGAGCAUGUAUCACAAAUAACCCAAGUAGGCUCUACUGAGCCAUUGGCUUUUGUUGCACCUGAUGCAGAUGAAGAGGCUUGUCUGAGAGAUAUAUUGAAGGGAAGCAUUACUAGCAGUGGAGUGUUAUACAACUCCCCUAAAGACAAGAAUGUAUUAAAUGAUGAUUCUAAAGGAACUAGUAAUGUCACUUUAAGCAAAGAGGAAGGAAACUUUGCAGCUAACAGUGAACAAAAUGUCCAAUCUACUGGAGAGGUCAUUUUAAACAAUUCUUUUCAAGUUACUGGUCCUGAGGUGUCACCUAUUUGUGGCUCACAGGCGCAUAUUUUAAAGGAAAGUGUUGCUACUGAAGGUGAGCAGAAAGUUCUGACAGUCAAAGCACUGGCUGAUGGAGGGAUUGAUGGCCUCAGCAAUGACGUUACUGAACUGAGAAAUUCUGGAUACCAGGAGGUGGGAUAUUUUGGUUUGCAGAAGCAUCCUUUGUUGGACCAUGUUAAAUCAGAUACAGUUGAAAUUGAUAGCCAGCUUCCUAAUAAUCCAAGUUCCUUAUUUUAUUCUCCAUCUUUACAGCAAACCUCAAGCAGUGAUCGUCACUAUGUCAAGAGCAACGAGGCACAUGUGUCGGACAGAAUUGUCUCACCCGAGGAUUUAAGUUUGUGCUACCUUGAUCCUCAAGGGAACACCCAGGGACCUUUCUUGGGGAUUGACAUAAUCGCAUGGUUUGAGCAAGGGUUUUUUGGAAUCGACUUACCAGUCCGCUUGUUUGAUGCCCCCGAUGGAUCUCCUUAUCAAGAACUUGGUGACGUGAUGCCACAUCUGAAAACUAAAUCUGGAUAUGUCUCUAACUCUAGUUUGCAUGCUAAGCUAGAGCCGUUGGAUGUCAUUAAAGGCAGCUUGGAAGAGAGAAUAUCUGCACCUAACUACGGGGGGUCUAAUAUUCUAAAUAGUCAGCAGUGGACUCCAUCUGUAUUGGAGGCUACCUCAAGUGGUAGUGUUCAAUCAAGAAUGCCUAACCAUAGUUAUCAGUCUGAACUCCAGUACCUUGACAAUCAAAGCAUUCAAAAUUUUGUUGCAGAAGAUGAAGAAAUUGUAUUUCCUGGAAGGCCUAAAAGUAGCAGUGAUUGCCUUUUGAGGUCUUCAGCGGACAUUCAUGGCUCAAUUUCAAAUUCUCCUAGCCUUCCUUCCCUUUCAAAUGAAGUUUCAGAAACUAACCUGCCUAGUCAGCAGAAUGAUAAGUUGCAUCCUUUUGGCCUGUUGAUGUCGGAGCUUAGAGGUAGUUCCCAUUUAAGGUCUGCUCAAUCAUCCCAUGCGUCUUUAGGCAUGGAUGAUCAGGUUCAGUUGAGAGAUUCUUUCUUUGAGGGAGGUGCCACUAUUGCUAGUCAGAAUCCCCUUGGUCCCAUGAUUGAUCAACCUUCCUUUGUGGAUACACAGUCUGAUAAUUAUAUAAGAAAUAACACUAAUAUUAGUCUGGGUUCUCUAGAUGCUCACCAUCUUUCUCGCAUGGGGAAAGAGAUCAGUGGCUUUGGCCUUGCUGAGCAUAUAAUGCCACAGAAGUUACUAAAAAAAGGGCUUCAGCAGCUGAACCAUCCAUCUCUGCUUCCUGCUGCGCAUGGUGCAGGGACUGGUGUAGACCAAUUCCCUGGAUUUGGUUUUUCUGACAGCAAUAACCCUAAUAUCCAGCCCUUCCAUCAACCUGUUGCAGAUAUGGAACAUCUCUUAGAACUACAGCAUCAACAGCAGCGUCAGUUGGAGCUUCGCCAACAGCAUCACCAAUUGGAGCUUCAGCAACAUCAGCAUCAGUUGGAGCUGCAGCAACGUCAGCGUCAGUUGGAGCUCCAGCAACACCAGCGUCAGUUGGAGUUUCAGCAACACCAGCGUCAGCUGGAACUUCAGCAACGCCUGCGUCAGCUGGAGCUUCAGCAACAGCAUCACUUGAAGCAGCAGCUUCACCAUCACCAGAUGAAACUGCAGCAACAACAGCAAUCUCAAACUCAGCACUUGCUCCUUGAUCAAUUUUUGCAUCAACAGAUGUCUGAUUCUGGUUAUGGGCAAUGGAAGAUUGAUGCCACAAAUGGCAACCCUUUAAAUCAAUUAAGUUUAAGGAAGCAAUUUCCAAAUGACUUGCACCAUUCCCAUUCCUCCAUACAAGAUCCAUUGCUAGAGCAGAUCAUCCAAGCAAAUAUAGGACGCCCUGGACAGACUGAUUUUCUUGGCCUCAUAUCUCAGGCCAAGCAAGGGAAUAUGCACCCUUCAGAGCUGCAACUUCGUUUUCAGCAGCAAGAGUUGCAAGCACAGCAGUUAUCUGUGGCAUUGAGGGAGCAGCUGCAGAUGGAGGGGGAAAGACGUUUAGGUGGUCCUCGGUUUGCAGAUGAAGCAAGUCAUGUUGCCAGGGAUCCUACUGGCCAUCACCAGGCUCAGAUGGUUGCAUUUAGUUCUUCAGAAAAUUACCAGCAACAGCAGAGGUUUCCCACCCAUGAACAGCAACUAAGCCAUCUCAACUGGAAUCAUGCCUCACGGGAGCGACAUGGGAUGAACUUUGAUAUUCAGAAUGCAUGUGGGCAGGGUCUAGAUUUGCAGGAUCAGUAUCGGCGUAAGUGCUCUAUUGAUAAACAGGACUCCAUUUCUUCGGGGAUGCCCUCUAACCGUCAACUGGUUUCUGAUGAGUUUUUUUCUUCUCAUUCAGUUGGUUUGGAACGCUUGCCCUGUGGGAACAGCGGACAGCUGGAAAAUAGCUGCAUUGAAGCACAUCGACCGCAUUUGCAUCUUGAUGCUGAACAAAAACGACGAGAUUCAGAAGCUACCAUGGCUUUUGCUGAGUCAAAUAUGUGGGCUAACAGUGAUAGGGAACACUCAAAACAAAUUUUGAUGGACCUUCACCAAAAACUGGGUCAUCAAUCUACAGAGUUAUCAGAAGUUGAUUAUCAGCAUCAGUUAUCAUCUUCCAGAAGUGGGGGAGGGUCUGUACAUCUUCCAUUUAGUCUUCUCCGGGAUCAACCAGUUGGUAUGAACACAGGAGGACCACAGAAUUCCAACUAUAGUGUCUCGUUCCAGGACCAUUUGGGUGGUGUAGGUAUGAAUGAACAGUCAAGCAAUCUGGCAACUAGUGAAAGAGUUCCUUUUAGAUCUAAUUCCAGAGCAUUUAUGGAGGAUCAGCUGUUCUUGUCUGGACCUAGGGAAGUUUCUCAUACUUCUCAUGUGGAUACUAGCUUCAUGUGUAAAUCAGCUGUGAGUGAUGGUGUAUCAGAGUUGGAGGGUAAUAAUUGGAAGAAACAGGGGGUGAAAGGCAUGUUGAACAGGUCAGUUUCAGGGUACGAAGGAAACGUGACAGACCAAGAAGAAACUGCAAUUGAUUGCGGGGAACUUCGUAGUAAUGCCCAUAGCAGGCAUAGCUCACUAAGCAGUGCUGGUGGUGGAUGUGGGAACUUCUACAGCUCAGAGACAGGAUUAGAUAAACAGAUUGGAGAAGAGGUUUCUAAUGGGAGGCUGCCUCCUGCUAUAACCAAGGGGUCUGACAAUGCUUUGCAUAGACGCUGGGUUUUAUCUUCCCAGGAUGUCUUGUCUGAGGCAGCAUUAUCUCUGCCUGUCAAGCAAAGAAAUCCAGCCGCAACCCUUGUCUCUGAUACUCAAGCAUCUAGCAAGAAUGAUGCGCAAUUUAGGAGGACUUCAUCUUGCAGUGAUGCUUCUGUGUCCGAGACAUCAUUCAUAGACAUGCUCAAGAAACCAGUCAUUGUAGAGGCUGAUGCAGCCAACAGAGCAGCAUCUGCAUUGGAGUCGUCUGAUGGAGGUAGCCACGUGGGGCGAAGUGGCAAGAAGAAAGGGAAGAAAGGAAGGCAGAUUGAUCCUGCUCUCCUUGGUUUUAAGGUUUCCAGCAACCGGAUACUGAUGGGCGAGAUCCAUCGACUUGAUGAUUGAGACAUGCUUUGCAUCCUGUAAGAUUUCUCUUUUUUUGGUAUAGAAGUUGUACAGCAAAUUUAAGAAACAUAGAUAUCUUAGGAUUUUUUUUCCCCUUUUAAGUUAUCCAUUCUUGUUUCAAAGUUAGAGCAUCUACGUAGUUUUGAAACCUUACGGUGGUUGACCGGAAUAGUGUACAUGAGGAAGAGAGGUCACUGACAAGUGCCAAUUUUUGUACCAGUGUAUCAAUGAAAAGAACAAUUGUUUACAACAAACUGUCCUUAAUUGGUUUA